CCGAGGAGUCCUACAAGGCCCAGAUCACACAUCUUGAAAAUGAAGCGGUGCAGAAUAAGACAAAAAUCUGCGUCUUGGAGAGAGCGGUGGAUGCAGAGAAGAGUGAGGCAAGCGAUCUCCAGAAGAAGCUGGACAGUCUCAAAGCGGAAAUGGCUGAAUUAAAAGAACAGCAGUCCACAAAGAUGUCCUCUGACAAAGCUUUAUACGAAGCGAUGAAGUCCACACUCGCCUCUGCUGAAGCAGACAUAGAUUGUUACAAGGAGGAAUUGCUGAAAGCAAGAAGACAGUGGCAACAGCUGGAAGAACAAGUCAAAACCCUGCAGGAUGUCCAAGAUGCUCUUGCUGCAGAGAAAAGCCAGCUCGAGCAACAAAACAAGACCAUUCAACGGAAACUGGAAGCCGCCAACAACCAGUGCAAGACCAAGGAAAAUGCUCUACAGGAGAAGCUGGCUGAGCAUGAGAGGGAGCAGUGUCAGAAGGACACUGAAAUCCAGAAUGUGGUUAUGGACAGCAAACUGAAGAUCAAGGCCCUCGAGGAGGAACAUCAAAAAACCGAGGAGUCCUACAAGGCCCAGAUCACACAUCUUGAAAAUGAAGCGGUGCAGAAUAAGACAAAAAUCUGCGUCUUGGAGAGAGCAGUGGAUGCAGAGAAGAGUGAGGCAAGCGAUCUCCAGAUGAAGCUGGACAGUCUCAAAGCGGAAAUGGCUGAAUUGCAAGAACAGCAGUCCACAAAGAUGUCCUCUGACAAAGCUUUGUAUGAAUCGAUGAAGUCCACACUCGCCUCUGCUGAAGCAGACAUAGAUUGUUACAAGGAGGAAUUGCUGAAAGCAAGAAGACAGUGGCAGCAGCUGGAAGAACAAGUCAAAACCCUGCAGGAUGUCCAAGAUGCUCUUGCUGCAGAGAAAAGCCAGCUCGAGCAACAAAACAAGACCAUUCAACGGAAACUGGAAACUGCCAACAACCAGUGCAAGACCAAGGAAAAUGCUCUACAGGAGAAGCUGGCUGAGCAUGAGAGGGAGCAGUGUCAGAAGGACACUGAAAUCCAGAAUGUGGUUAUGGACAGCAAACUGAAGAUCAAGGCCCUCGAGGAGGAACAUCAAAAAACCGAGGAGUCCUACAAGGCCCAGAUCACACAUCUUGAAAAUGAAGCGGUGCAGAAUAAGACAAAAAUCUGCGUCUUGGAGAGAGCAGUGGAUGCAGAGAAGAGUGAGGCAAGCGAUCUCCAGAUGAAGCUGGACAGUCUCAAAGCGGAAAUGGCUGAAUUGCAAGAACAGCAGUCCACAAAGAUGUCCUCUGACAAAGCUUUGUAUGAAUCGAUGAAGUCCACACUCGCCUCUGCUGAAGCAGACAUAGAUUGUUACAAGGAGGAAUUGCUGAAAGCAAGAAGACAGUGGCAACAGCUGGAAGAACAAGUCAAAACCCUGCAGGAUGUCCAAGAUGCUCUUGCUGCAGAGAAAAGCCAGCUCGAGCAACAAAACAAGACCAUUCAACGGAAACUGGAAACUGCCAACAACCAGUGCAAGACCAAGGAAAAUGCUCUACAGGAGAAGCUGGCUGAGCAUGAGAGGGAGCAGUCUCAGAAGGACACUGAAAUCCAGAAUGUGGUUAUGGACAGCAAACUGAAGAUCAAGGCCUUCGAGGAGGAACAUCAAAAAACCGAGGAGUCCUACAAGGCCCAGAUCACACAUCUUGAAAAUGAAGCGGUGCAGAAUAAGACAAAAAUCUGCGUCUUGGAGAGAGCGGUGGAUGCAGAGAAGAGUGAGGCAAGCGAUCUCCAGAAGAAGCUGGACAGUCUCAAAGCGGAAAUGGCUGAAUUGCAAGAACAGCAGUCCACAAAGAUGUCCUCUGACAAAGCUUUGUAUGAAUCGAUGAAGUCCACACUCGCCUCUGCUGAAGCAGACAUAGAUUGUUACAAGGAGGAAUUGCUGAAAGCAAGAAGACAGUGGCAACAGCUGGAAGAACAAGUCAAAACCCUGCAGGAUGUCCAAGAUGCUCUUGCUGCAGAGAAAAGCCAGCUCGAGCAACAAAACAAGACCAUUCAACGGAAACUGGAAACUGCCAACAACCAGUGCAAGACCAAGGAAAAUGCUCUACAGGAGAAGCUGGCUCAGCAUGAGAGGGAGCAGUGUCAGAAGGACACUGAAAUCCAGAAUGUGGUUAUGGACAGCAAACUGAAGAUCAAGGCCCUCGAGGAAGAACAUCAAAAAACUGAGGAGUCCUACAAGGCCCAGAUCACACAUCUUGAAAAUGAAGCGGUGCAGAAUAAGACAAAAAUCUGCGUCUUGGAGAGAGCGGUGGAUGCAGAGAAGAGCGAAGCAAGUGAUCUCCAGAAGAAGCUGGACAGUCUCAAAGCGGAAAUGGCUGAAUUAAAAGAACAGCAGUCCACAAAGAUGUCCUCUGACAAAGCUUUGUACGAAUCGAUGAAGUCCACACUCACCUCUGCUGAAGCAGACAUAGAUUGUUACAAGGAGGAAUUGCUGAAAGCAAGAAGACAGUGGCAACAGCUGGAAGAACAAGUCAAGACCCUGCAGGAUGUCCAAGAUGUUCUUAACGAGGAGAAUUACCAUCUGGAAUGUCAAAUUAGGGACAUUCAGAGUGACCUGGAAGUUAUGAGUGACCUGUGCAACACCAAGGAUGAUUGUCUGCAACGGACACUGGCUCGGCACGAGAAGGAGCAGUAUGAAAAAGACACUGAAAUGCAGAGUGUCAUUGCGAUCAACAACCUUAAGAUCAAGGCACUUGAGGAGGAACAUCAGAAAGCCGAAGAGUCCUACAAGGCUCGGGUGAAGACCAUUGCAGCUCGUAAAGAGGAAGAAGAGGCUCAGAUCACCAGGAAACUUGUGGCUGAGGAGAAGAGGAGUCAGCAGCUGGAAGAUAAAGUUAAGAAGCUGCAAUGCGAUCGAGAUGCUCUGAGCCAAGAGAAAAGCCAGCUAGAACAUCAGAUAACAACCAUUCAACACCGACUUGAUGAUGUGAACAAGCUGUGCAUGGACAAAGAGAAGGCUCUACAGAAGAAGCUGGCUCAGCAUGAGCUGGAGCAGUGCAAAAAGGACUCUGAUGUGCAGAAUGUGAUUAUGAUCUGCGACCUGAGGGUCAAGGCACUUGAGGAGGAACUUCAGAAAACCGAGGAGUCCUACAAGGCCCAGAUCGUAAAUCACGAGAACGACACUCUGCAGAAUAAGAUGAAAAUCUGUGCACUGCAAAGAUGUGUGGAUGCAGAGAAGAAGGAGGCAGCCGACCUUGAGAAGAAGCUGGACAGGGUCAGGGCAGAGAUGGCUGGACUCAAGAGACCACUCUCUGAAAACGUGAAGACCAUUGCAGCUCUUGAAGAAGAGCGAGCCAGGAUCACCAAGCAAUUCCUGGCUGAGGAGAAAAGGAGUCAGCAGCUGGAAGGACGGUGGCUCAGUUGGACAAGGAGCGCAGUGACAGAGAGGCGAAAGAGAAGGAGACUGUGUAUCAGGAGAAGCAGGCACAGAGCAAUUUGCUUAAAGCCAGUGCUCUUGAAGAGGCCCUGACAGCAGAG